AUGAAACCCAGGGCAACUUCCAACUUCGAUUUAGGAUUGUCUCUCACAUUUUCCGUUGCUGUGUUUGCUAGCAAAUGUUUCCGUCUGCUUGCUCACGCAUACCUGUCUCGCCUUCUAAGACAGGAUCCUCGAAGUAUUGUUGUCUAUAUCAGCAACAGAUCCACAUUCACCCUGGCGAGCCAAACUCACUUCGGCCGUCGUGCCAGAGCUUGGCAGAGACGUGCCACCCCUACUCUGCACAACAUCUCUGAGCGUCGACUUCCACUGGGCACUCCGGCAGAUCGUCUGCUUCUACGUUCCUCAAAACCCAGAACCCCUUUCAACCACAUCAACGUCGUCAAGGCCGAAGACCUGGACCGUACGAAGGCCCAUCAGGAACCCGGUUCUAAAAUCUUUGUCUCUUCUUCGUCUGUACCCUCGCCCAGAUCCUCAAGAGAACUCCUAGACUCUGACGGCUCUGACAAAAUGCAUGAUCACGAUUCCGGUGCCGAUGACCAGAUGCGUCUUGCUGAGCUGGCAACUGCCCGGCUUGAGAGACAGAGCAAGCGGAUUAUCGAGAAUGAUCCCACCAUCCCUAUGAACAAGCUCAUCCUCCCUAGGACAGCACGAAACAAAGUCUCCAAGCAUUGGCCGGAUGCCGAGUACCCCGAUUCGAGCGAUGGAGACGUGACCUCGAAGAGUCUUGUAUCUAGAAAGGGAAGCCCGUUUGAUGUUCAUGCCAAAGUGUUUCGACCAGGCUCACGCGAGAGUUCUGUUUCCCGCAGCCUCGAGGCACCUCGAAGGGACUCUGCUACUCUCAGUGGGGAUGACGGAGACUUUCAGCUCGUCACUAGCAAGAGAACCAAGGCCUCAUCUAAAUUUGCUGUUGGUCUGAACGCACGCGAGGUCAAGACUGACGACAAAUCGUCAGCCAUCGCUGUCUCCUUCAACAGGCAGGAAAUCAACGAAGUGUUUGGCAACGAUCUUCCUCCCCUGACCUAUUUUCAGGGCAAUGUUGGAAACAAAGAUGGUCAAAUUGGGUUUGCAAUGCAUCCCAACGGCGAUACUUCAGCUCAGCAGUGGUCACAGUCUGAUUACCAGUGGUUUAACAUUGGCCAAUUUUCCAAUUCCCGCAGGCGCACAGAGGGCACUCUCGCUUCCCAUCGACUGAGAGGCGAGAACGAGCUCCAUUCGCUCCUGCAGCAUAGCCUUUGUUAUUUCAGGGCAGUCGCAAAACAGCACGAGGCGUCUUCAAUGAAGCUGCCAUUCGGCCCAAAGGAGUUGCAAGCAUACAUGCCUAAGGUAUCUAUCAAUCGUCCUGCGCGAAAAGUAGCAGUCACACCUGUUAUUCAAACUCCGAUCAGCUCGGAAUCUGCACAGCGCCUACCCGAGAAAGAACAACAUACUCGUACACCAUCCUUCGGACCAGAACUUGAGCCUUGGGCACAAGGUUACGCCUCUUGUGUUCGCAGCAGGCGCAAGUUGUCCGGUACACCCGUCGUACCAGCAUCCAGAGGCCUUUCAUUCCAACCUGACUCACUACAAUCGACUAAGGAUGUCAGCACCAUGCCGAACAGCGCACUCAACCAAUGGCCGCACAGCUUGACUACUCUCAACAAUAUGUCUUUCGGAGCACUACCUACAAAUAGAAACCACGAUGCUUCUGAGAACUCUUAUCGGACCCCUGGUCUUGCAGGAUCUAUCACGACGCGUACAGAUGUGAAUGAGGGUAGUCUAUACCUGAACUCGUUUCUACCAAAGAGUGUGCCACAAACGGCCACCUCGCAGCUUCACUCAUCCAUUCUCAAUCUUUCUACUCUCCUCGAAAAGACACAACCACAAAGUGACUCUUCUGGACAAACACCCGCAUCAACUCAGCGCAGUUUCACAAAGGCAUGUCUGGACAAGAUCUUCGACGCCGCUUCAACUCGCAACAUGAACAACAGUACAGGUGCUCGAACUGUCCUUCAUGAUCCAUUUCACAGCCAGUCUUCCAAGACUUCUCCAGUGAUCAAGCAAGACUCUGGAGUGAAGCAUUACAACCCCAUCUGGUCAAGUACUCCGGUCGGCGAGGGGGCUUCGGGUUGUAUUGGUCAGGCAUCCUCUUCCACUAGCAACGACGAUCUUGUCUUCGAUCCUCAUGUUAGUGAGCCUGAGUUUGUACCCGAAUCUAAAACGAUGGAGAUUGUUGACAUCAGCCUACCACACAUGACGACUGGGGAGCUUGCCAUCUAUUCGAGACCAAGUCCCCAAAACUUCAAGGGUCCGUUCUUCAUGGGUAGCCCUGACGUCCCAAGCGAAGCUAGCAGAAAAAGCCAUGAACAGGAGCUUUACGAUUGGUUCUAUAGUGGACUCACGACCAUCGAGCGUCAAGAUGAACAUUUUGAAUUCAUCAAAACAGCACACAAUCAAGCACUCGGUGUCACGCAGUCGAAGGUCAAUCCUGGCCCCAUCGGAACACCUUCCACUCGUUCCAUGUCGAGCAAGAAUCCAGAAGCAGAACCCUUCAACGAUGUCACAACACGCCUGUUUCUAAGCAUGCAUGAGAGUCUGUCACAAUACACUCAGGGCCCUCUCGAACAGCGUCGUGGUUAUCUUGCUCCAUUCUGCGAUCCACCUGAGUGGUGUAUCGACAAGAGCGCAAACGGCAACAACAGCUUCUUUGGCGAGGACUGGAGCCAACCUCCUGAGCGCAUCAGUAGAGACUCGCGCUACAGACCUUUGCCUUUUGAGGGCAGAUUCGGUGCUUACGAUGGGCACCGCGGUAUUGAUGCAGGUAGUAUCCGUCCUUCCGUUGGAAGGCUCAGAUUCGGCUCUAGCCUGAAGUACUGA